AUGGAAGAAGAGAAAGAAGAAAACAAAAAAGUAGCAGUUACAAAGAACAUAAUAUAUAAUAAUUUUCAAAAUAGAGGAUUUCUUAAUAAUUUUAAUUUUUUUCAAGAAAAUAUUAUUAACUUAGAUAAAUCAUUAGAAUAUAAUUGUAAUGUAUUAAAUAAAAAAUUAGAAUAUGGGAAAAUAUUUGAGAAAAAUAAUUAUAAGGGAAAAAAUAAGAAAAAAUUAAUCAUACAUUUAAUACCUUCUGAAAAUUCAAAAUUUUAUAAUUUUCUUCAUAAAAAAAAACAAGAGAUAUUAAAAAAAUAUGGUAAAGAUGAAACAUAUAAAUAUGAUAUUCAUAUAAGUUUAACAGGUUAUUUCUUUUGUGAUAAUGUAAAUGUUUUUUUGAAUACCUUGUAUAUAUAUAUGUUUUAUUAUGUAAAAUUAUAUUAUAUGUCAAAAAAUUUAUCAUUUAAUCAUUUGUUUUUUAAUAUAUCCUGUAAUUCUAAUAAUUAUAGUAUUUGUAUAAAAAAUAAUAAAAAUGGUGAUAAAGAAAAAAAAAUAAUAUUUGAGAGAGAAGAAAACAAAGAAAAAAUAGAUAAAAAGAAAAAAAAAUUUUUAAAUGAGGAAAAUGAUAACACUAAAAGUGAUGCUCAUGUUUUAAUAACAAAUGAUGGAUAUGUGAUUAUUCCGAUUUUAUGUGAGUGGGUAAAAAGAAUUUUUGAAAAUUUCAGUUUCCUAAUUAAGAAUAAUAAUUUUAUAUCUAACAGUAAAUAUAAGAAUAUAAAUAAAUUAGGUAGUAAUUAUAUGUAUAAGAAUUCAAUAAUUUCAGAAAAUUUUAAAGAAAAACAUAAAAAUGAUAGUAAAUUAUUUUUAAGUAAUUCCAUUUUAAAAAAUAAAUAUAAAAAAGAUCUAAUUAAUUCGAAUUCAUUAUAUACAAAUAAUGUAAUAUGUUCAAACAUAAAAAAUAAUAAUAAAAUAUCAGAAUUAUUUGUAAGUUUUGAAGAGGAAACUAAAAAAAACUCAAAUGAUUCAAAUAUAACGUUUUAUGAUCCUAAUAAUAAUAGUAGUGAAAAUGUAUUCAACAAAUAUACAGAUAAUUAUAGUAUUUUUGAAAAAGUUGAAACUGGUAAUUAUAAUAUAAAUUACAAUAAACGUCUCAUGGAAUCUAAUAAUUGUAAUAAUAAAAAAAUUAAAAGAUUAAAAAAAUACAAUAAAAACAACAAUAAUAAUGAUAAAAAGGAUGAAAAAAAAAACAAAAUAAAAUAUAAAUAUAAUAAUACAGAAGUAAAUCUUACAGAAUUUAGAAUAAAAGAAUGUAAUCACAUAUCAUUGGCAUCCAAUAGAAAUAAUAAAGAAGUACAAAAAGAUAUUGCUAGUAUGUUUAAAGACUUGAAAUAUUAUUUUUCAAAUUGUUCAUGGGAUAUGGUUAUGUUUGAAUGUGAUGAAAAGCAAUUUCCUCAAGAAAAAAUUAAAAAUAACUUUUUAAAUGAAAUAUUUAGAUUUAAAAAAUUUGCAGUUUCAUAA